CGCUUGAGCCAAAGGACUUAAUUCAUCCAAAGGGAGCAACAGACAGACGGCAUGAUGUGGUCGUGCUUACUGCUGCUGCUGCUCGGUCUGCUCAGACCCUCCACCUCCACCGCCGGAACCCAGUUCACACAGCAGUGUGACUCGUCCACUGAUGGCACCAUAUAUAAAUACCAUGCGAAGACUCUAAACGGUAGUCACACUGUGAACUUCAGAGACUACAUCGGCAAGAGUGUCCUCUUCAUCAACGUGGCCACAUACUGAGGAUACACCUAUCAGUAUGUGGAACUGAAUGCACUACACGAAAAUAUGAGACAUCUUGGACUCACGAUUCUCGGCUUUCCCUGCAAUCAGUUUGGGGGGCAGGAACCGGGACAAAAACAUGAAAUUCUGCCGGGUUUAAAAUAUGUGAGACCAGGCAAUGGAUUUGUUCCAAACUUCCUGCUGUUUGAGAAAGGUGACGUGAAUGGAAAAGACGAGCAAGAGGUUUUCACCUUCCUCAAGAGCUCCUGCCCUCCGGUUGGAGACACCUUCGCCUCAAAAGAUAGACUGUUGUGGGAGCCUAUAAAAAUCAGCGACAUCAAGUGGAACUUUGAAAAGAUUCUGGUUGGGCCAGACGGGAAGCCGGUGAUGAGGUGGCACCCAAGUGUCAACGUCUCUGAGAUCCAAGCUGAUAUCCGCAAAUACCUUCUCAAACUGUACACGCAAGAUGUUUUUAAUUAGAGUACUUUCCAUCUAAUGAAGUAACAUGUUAAGUCUGCUUAAUUAUUAGCAUAUAGGUAGAGCGUAGAGAGUAAAGUUAACAGUUUUCUGGUACAUGAAGGUAGCAUGUUAUAUGAAGAGGAGGCUUGAAAACAGGAACUCUGUGGAGCCUCGUUGGAACGUGUGGUUCAGGCUGGCUUUUCAGUGCAUUCAGGCUGCCCUGCAUCCCACAGUGUCAUGUCAUCUUCCCAUCCCAGGACCUGUUAACUGUUACUGCCUAAAUGUCAAAUAGUUGCAAUAAAUCACUGAGAACACA